UUUGUUCGGGAGGGAGGUUGGAGGCACUCAUACAAGCGAGGGAGAGGCUGUGUUGGCGCUGGCUGUCAGUUUACCGUUGCGAGGCGCGUAGUGCGGCCGGACGCUGGACCGCCACCCGCGCGCCGCCGGCACCUCGAACCUCUUUGCCGCUGCCUGGACUCAGUAAUCUGGACUGCAUCGGGACUCUAAGGACUCAAUUAUUCUCUGUGCUCCCUUCAGAGCGUUUAUGGACUUAGCAUCUGACUUGAUCUCUUGCUUAGAGACAAAGUGCUACAACUCGUGCUUAACUGGAGUGUUAAUCCGAAUUCUGGGUGUUUAUUGGAUAGCUUCUUUAUCAUCGGAGACAUUAAGACGCUAUUUAUCACCUAAAGCGACCACAACAAAGAUAAACUUCACCUGCGGCUUUCGAGAUCUUCAAUUAAAUCAUGGAAAAUAUCCAGUCUUCAAUAAUCUCUGCGGAAAGCCUGACGAACUAAUUUCUUGAUCGGCUGGAAAUAGGGUUGGGGUGAAUAAUGGAAAAAAGGAACGUUCGGAUCAAAUUCGCACACUCGAUUGGUCCGCCGAUUGACUCGAACACGUUGGGCACGUCCGAGUAGCACCCCAGCCCGCGCCCUGCACGUCCUGUACACACGCACUAUCAGUUACCGACGCUCUAGCGACUGCCAAUAAAGUACAAGUCAUUCCGGGUUAUUCACUUAUUUAAAUUUAGAUAUAUUUAUUGUAGUACAAAGACAAAACUGAACACAAAUUCUACGUACUUGAUGAUACAAAAAUAAAUAGGAGAACGAACCGACAAGUCGUUCCUCAGUUAAAUAUUGAAACGGUAGUCAUGACGGCCACUGCCCCAGAACUCUCAAAGUCGGAUUUCUUUGAUUUCGUCACGUCCAACGAAGUUACAGAUGCGCAAUACAAACAACAGAUGCGUUCUGUUAAUGUGUUCAUGGAAUCACCUGACUCAAGAUCGAAUCCUUUGCUCUCGGAAGAGCCAAAAGAGCAGAACAACAACAGCCUCCUGAGUGUAGCGGGAGCCCAGGCCAGCGCCAACAGCACUCUGUCUGCCGCCACCACCUCCACCACGCUGCAGAGCUUUGACUCCAUCUGGAACGUUGACCGCGAUCGCGAACGCUUAGAUACCACUAUGUUAGAGGAUCUCAAUAAAUUCACAUACUGGAACCAAGAAAGUGAUAUAAACGGCACGCAUCCUUGCACGGAUACAGCUAUAUCUAAUAAGCUGAUAAACAAUACAGACGGACACAUAUACACGUUGACAGUCCUCAACCAAGACGUCUCCGAAACGAGUUCCAAUCGUUUCUGGAGCAAAGAAGAAGACGUAUCCAUGUCUAGUCCGCCGGAACUAGAACAAAAUUCUUCAUUAGAUCUCGAAUCUAUAUUAAAUAUGAACGGUUUUCCUAAUGAUUUUAGCCAAGAUAUACAAAAGGUAGAAGGUUUUCAUUAUGAGGAGGGUGAAUCGGAAAGUCGAAAUACUGACAUGAGCACAAGUAAUUUAAUUAAGGUAGAGCAGUACAACUAUGAUGACAACGAAUUUUCUAACAACGAUAAAAAUGAAGAUCCUAAUAGUCCUACACUAAUCGGCACCCCUAGCUUAUUAGAAAGCCAAGUGGAAUACAACAAUAACAACAACGAUUGGAAAAUAACUGAUCAGAACACUGAAUCAAAUGAGUCUUUACUAAGAAGCGCACUGCAAGGAAAAGCAGUAAUUAGAUACAAUACCACGCUCAAAAAUCCAAAAAUUCCCAAUACGGAUUCGAAAAUGGUAAUAAUUAAUAAUAACAAUAAACCAGAUGUUCCAUCAAUGUAUCAAGAUGGAAAGGACGCUGACCCGGAACUGCUGAUGGCAAUUUCACCUCCCAACGGCAACGUCAAUAUAUCGAUAUUAUUAGAGGAUCCGAACACAACGGUGAUCUCCAAUGCGGAAAAUCCCACGUCCACGCAACAGAGCGUCGACGACAUAUUGUUGUCACAACUAGACGCUAAUUAUCCCGAGGACUACGAGAAACUGAAACGGAUAGCGACGGAGCUCGGCGAGUCUAUGCAACCUUUUUGCACGGUGGAGCCGCUCGACCCCACGCGCAGUGUUUACAACAUCCACCACUUGAAUGGGGAACUUGUGACCAUGAUCCCCGCCGGCGACGUCCAAUUACAACAACACGUGCAGAUUGUGACCGCCUCACCUACAGUCACGAGCACAAAACCUACUCGCAAAAAAAGUAAGGGCUUACAGAAGAAUCCGCCACUGCCGAUGCAGGCCCAAUCGGGCACUGCCAUCCAGGCGGCAACUUCUACGUCGAAUGGCGUCAGAAAGGAGAGAUCGCUGCAUUAUUGCUCUAUAUGUUCAAAAGGAUUCAAAGACAAAUACUCUGUGAACGUUCAUGUAAGGACACAUACGGGUGAAAAACCGUUUACGUGUUCUCUUUGUGGCAAAAGUUUCCGUCAAAAGGCGCAUCUUGCGAAGCAUUAUCAGACGCACGUAGCGCAGAAGAGCGCCGCGGCCAACGGAGCCGUGAAGCCCAGCAAGCAGAGGUAACCGCGCCGCCCGCGCCCCUCUCACCUUAUUAUUCAAUCGGACAAUAACUUUGAUAGUCAAUUGAACGUUAUCACGAUUAUAAAUUAUAUACUUUUUAAUCGAGCUUAAAGGCUGAAAUAUCACAGAUUUUGGUAAGGUGCUAAUAAAAUAGUAAUCAUAGAGACGUAAGGCAGUUUACGAAGGAGAGACGCGGGGGUUCUCGCCGUUAUCUUAAUUGUUAAUUUGUGUGUAAUUCCGUCCGUUACCGAAUACUUAUUAGCUUUAGCUAUGAUAUGUGUAUACUAAUAAUUGUUUUGUAAUUAUGUUCUACCUGAAAAUAAAUAUACGUAGUCAUAAUGUUAUAAGCACAAGUAUAAAGAAAAUGAAGGUGAGCGUCGUGUUACUGGCAAAAUUUUACAAAAUCGUUUGUCAUCUGCCUAAUGACGUUACUUUUGGAACAAUAUAGUUUAAUAGAGAUUUAUUUUUCAUCGAUAAGUGAACGAAACAUCAGAUAAUCAGGCAACAAUGAUGAGCAGCGUUGGGAUUACUGCUCGCCGCCGCCGUAAUUUCUCCCGCUGCGCGGCCGACUGAACUUUCUAAAAAUAAAAAAAUACAGAGUAAAAGAACAAGCAUUCAGAACAUACUCUCUUUCACCGUUCAACUAUCGCAUCUCUACACAAUAUUCCCCUUAGUUCGGUCGGCGAUUAUUUUAUUUUUUUUUCUUGUGAAUUGGCGUAAUAUCUCUGUGUAAAUCUCUAUUUUAUAAAUAAAGUUGUUUUUGCGGCCGACUUAAAGCUUUACAUUAAUAAAUUAACUAUAACACGUGGAGCUAUAAUCUGCACAUCCACGUCGGACGAGUUGUGAGCGGUAUCCAAUCCCCAGUAUUAUAUAUUUCAUACUGGGAGAGGCCUGAUUGCCUUCAGAUUGCUAUAAAUUAGAAACACAAUUGGUGUUUCAAUCGCGGUCUUUAAAAUUGUAGUCCCUUUCUCGUCUAACAAAUUGGCCUUUCUUUGUUCAAUAGGUACCGGAGUUUACAACGCGGUACCUUCAACCACCAUUAUAUUUUAAAAGUAUAUCAAGAAAAUUGUACCCUGAUAUUGUUUGCCUCAAAAGCACACCAGGGAUCAUUUUAUGUGGCUUCCCAUAAUUAUUGCUUAUUAGCCAUGUAUCGGUGAUCUCGGAUAUGAAAGUGCAUUAAUGGACACCGCUGUACCUACGGAGAAAGUAAUUACCCAAUGUAGAGAUUUAAAAUGUUACGCUAUUUUCAACUGUUUACAUAGAAUGUGAAUAGUGACCACGUGGUGGUCACGAACAUGUAAAUACAAAUAUGUAUACGCGUCUAAUAAAGAUGGAUGGUUGUAAAAUUAAACUUUCACUAUUUGAUUCAAUUUGAACAUUAUCUUUUUUAGCAAACACUUGUUCAGAUCUACAACAAGCUUAUAAUUAUAUAGUUCAUAAAUAUAUUCUUAAGAUCAUUAAUAAAGUAUUAUGAAUGUUAAUUAAAAUAUGACUAAAUAAAGCAGAUCUUUGGAAUGGAAUAGAUAGCCUCGCAUUUUUGACGACAGUAAAUUAAAACUUUCAUCAGGUACUUAAUAAACCAUUUGCACAUAUUUCACGAAAUAAAGACUUUUCUUAACAUAUGUUUCCUACUGUUCAUUUAUAUCAAUUCAUUAGAAAUAAUCAGGUGACUCGUAAAACUUUAUAAUAUGUAUUCUGGAUGACAUUAAAUACAAACAUUAAUUUAACAUGUGACAAAUCGUUAAAAUUAACUCGUAGAUGUUAAAUUCAAAUAUAUCUGAAUGCAACGUAAUGGAAAUGAUUAAAAUGUGUUCGUGCUACUUUAUAAUAAUAGUUUAAUUAAGUGCUGCGUUUGAAAUUAAACCACAGGCUUAAGGUCAUAUUGAUUGAUUUUUUGGCCUCCGCACGUCAUACCGCUGUAUCAUACAUCUGUUCGUACAAUGUCAUUUCUACACGACCUAGCACUUUUUUCUAGCAAUAGAGACCUUUUAUAGAGCGUUAUAAGUAAUUUACAAUAUCGUUUAUAUCAAAUAUGUGAGACGGAUAGUCACUGGCGAUCAGUUAGGCAGAAAAUAAAUGAUGCUUAUUUUACUUAUUAUUUGCCAGACACAAGCGCGCCCUGUCAUUUCUAAACAGUGAAACAAUGUGAAGUGCUCAUAACAAACUUUGUAAAGCGUUGUGCAUAUUAACAUUACGCAAUAUAAUACUCUUGGACUAUUUUAUAAGUUACAGUAAAUCUAUUUAUCAGAUAAUAUGUACCCAUAUUAUGAUCAUCGGAAAUAAAAAAUCAAUUUGCCGUUUCCGUGUGGAUCUUGCCAAUAACCAUUUAAAAUAAUUAUUAUAUAAUUUAAAUACCAACAAUCACUGCCUACAAAUCCUUCAUUACUAUUAAUUUAUUUCAGUGCAAAUUGUGUCAAAUUAAAAUAUAUUUGAGCAAAAGUUUACAAACAUUUACCGUUUAGUUGUCUGAUUAACAUCAUACGUAGUAGAGGUCUAAGUAAUACAGUAUACAGUAAUACAAUAUCUUUAACCACUAUGUUCGAAGUCUCAAGUAAAAAAUGCAUAUUUGCGCACACAAUUUCACUGGAUGAAACCGCCUUGAUUGAGUUUCGUACAUAAAUAAAGUUCUCUACGUACGUAUAAUGUAGAUAUCCUAGAUAAGCUACAUAGAAUGCUUUUUUCUAUCGUGGACGUAGAUAUAUAUUUUUAGAAAUAUAUAGUUAUAUAGUCAGAGUAAACUCGUUUUAACAAUACUCAUUAUUUUGUAAAUAUUUUUGAUGGAAACGAUUUAUAAUAAGUGAAAACUAAUUUGAGAAGUAAAUUUAUAUUCUACCACUUGUAUCUCAUUAGAUGAUAUUUUGAAAAGAUAGCGAAUUUAUAGAUGUAAUGUGUACCUUAUAAGAACAUUUACAGAAUUACCAGUUUGCUUUAUAAGAGACUAUGACUACCUUUAUAAAUUAUGUGAGUGCAUAAAUGGUUGUUAAUAUAUUCUUGUAAUAUAUUAAAAUAAGUUGGCUUUUUGUCAACAUUAUUUCGAAAAGGAUUUAUUAUUGAAAAGGUUAUUUGAUUGAUUUAUUAUUGCAUUUGUUCCUGAUUUGAUUAUUAGAUUUUAUUUGAUAAUUAUGUCUUGUUUAGAAUUCUAUGAGUAAUUCAUGCAUUAUAUUUAAUUUUUAUGUAGCGAUAAUUAAUCGCUGUUACACAUUAGACGCGUCUUAGGCAUACCCAAUGGCCACUUGCGUCUAGCGACAUGCGCCGCCAGUGCAGAUAGUAAAUGUGGCGGGCGGAACAGUUCAAAUAAACGAGUUAAACGCGCUACAACAAAUCCGUCCAAUGUGUAACCGCGGUAAGGGUGACGUGGACGACCAAGCAAAA